UGCAUCCGUGACGGGGGCCUGAGGAGGCCGAGGUCGGAACGGCCCCUUUCGCACGCGCAGGGGGAAGGAAGGGCGAGGAGGAGGAGGAGGAGGAGGAGGAGGAGGACUCCGUGAGGGUGUGAGAGCGUGUGGGGAUGAGCUAAGCCCUGUCCCCCGGAGCCGCCCGAGGAGCGCCGGCUCCCUCCCCGCCGCCAUGGCUCACUCGCCCGGGCAGCCGGGCCUGCCGGGCAUGCAGACUCUGAAGGCAGAUCCGGAAGAACUGUUUACAAAACUGGAGAAAAUUGGUAAGGGCUCUUUUGGUGAAGUUUUUAAAGGAAUUGACAAUCGGACUCAGAAAGUGGUUGCUAUAAAAAUUAUUGACCUAGAAGAAGCAGAAGAUGAAAUAGAAGACAUCCAACAAGAAAUCACAGUGCUGAGUCAGUGUGACAGCCCAUACGUAACUAAAUAUUAUGGAUCCUAUUUAAAGGAUACAAAAUUAUGGAUAAUAAUGGAAUACCUAGGUGGAGGCUCUGCCCUUGAUCUAUUAGAACCUGGCUCACUUGAUGAAACCCAGAUUGCCACAAUAUUGAGGGAGAUACUCAAAGGACUGGAUUACUUGCAUUCAGAAAAGAAAAUCCACCGAGAUAUUAAAGCUGCUAAUGUAUUGCUGUCUGAACAAGGAGAAGUAAAACUAGCAGAUUUUGGAGUAGCAGGACAACUAACAGAUACACAGAUAAAGAGGAAUACCUUUGUGGGAACACCAUUUUGGAUGGCACCUGAAGUAAUAAAGCAAUCAGCAUAUGAUUCAAAGGCGGAUAUCUGGUCAUUAGGCAUAACAGCCAUAGAACUUGCAAAAGGAGAGCCACCUCAUUCAGAAUUACAUCCAAUGAAGGUUUUGUUCCUCAUUCCUAAGAAUAAUCCACCAACACUGGAAGGAAGCUUCAGUAAAUCCCUCAAAGAAUUUGUUGAGGCCUGUUUAAACAAGGACCCAAGCUUUAGACCUACUGCAAAAGAGCUCUUAAAACACAAAUUUAUUUUACGAAACUCAAAGAAAACUUCCUACCUGACUGACCUUAUUGACAGGCACAAGAGAUGGAAGUCUGAACAAAGUCAUGACGACUCCAGUUCCGAUGACUCAGAUACUGAAGAUGGCCAGGCUUCAGGUGGGAGUGAUUCAGGAGAGUGGAUCUUUACAAUAAGAGAAAAAGACCCCAAGAAUCUAGAGAAUGGAGCAGUCCAGCCUUUGGAGUUGCAAAGAAAUAAGGAAAAGGAUACCCCAAAGAGGCCUCUAUCCCAAUGCCUGUCUACUGUGAUAUCCCCUUUAUUUGCAGAGUUGAAAGAAAAGAGUGAAGAGUGUGGUGGUAACACAGAUUCCAUAGAAGAACUGAGAAAGGCUGUUUAUUUAGCUGAAGAGGCUUGUCCAGGCAUCACAGAUAACAUGGUGUCACACCUUGUGCAGAGGCUUCAGAGAUACUCCCUAGCUGGAGGAAGUACUUCAUCCUACUGACAUACUGUUCCUGAGCUUUCUAAGACAGCAGCAGUCCCAUGGUGGAGCACACCCUAAUGCUGUUCUGCCCCUCAGUCAACUAGAAUGUCCUUUGGUGGAAGGACAUUCCUAAAUGUGCAGGAGUGAAAAUGAAGUCUCUUGGAUGGAGGCAGUCUUUUUCAGCUCCUUAAAGCUAUAAUUUUAUUUUUUUUUAUGAUAAUGCACAUAUUCCAGGGAGGUGUCUUUUUGUAAAAUCUGAAAUGUAUAUUUAGGUUUGUGAUAGACAAAUUGAAGAUAUUGAGAAACCUCAGGUAUCUUGCUUUAAGAAUUCCACUGGGUGAUGGAGUAUGUUUGUUGGAAUUGUGUACAGAUAUGUAUAUAAAGUCUUUUUUAACCUAAAGCCUUUCAACGUGCAUAAGGAAUCACUGUGUACAAAAUAGUUAAGUGCUUCUGUAGAUAAUGUUAGUGGGGUAAAUAUUUGACAGGCCAUAACUGAGUAUUGCCUUGCCUUUAUUAUGUGUACAUUUUGAAUUAUGUGGUAAGUGAAUCUUGGUUUGAUUUUUGUAUGGGAAGGAUUUGCCAUUGGAAGAGUUAAUCUUGUACUGUGGAACCUUCUAUUCAUACCUCAGCAAAGACAGAAUUUUAUUCUGUUUCUCCAGUAUUUCUUCCUUUAAUCUGUAUUCUGUGUGUAACUUUUUAAUUAUGGUACUACUUCUGGUUGUUUUAAAUUUAAUACACCUUGUCUCUCAAAGCUUUACAUUAUUUUUUUUUCCCCUAAAGAAUAAGCUCUUUCAUGUUUUCAGUUUUAAAUUGUGCCAACACAAAUUCUGAACCAUACGUAUUGUUCAAUUUUAAGAACAGACAUCUGUGAAGCUUGUAGUGAAAUUCAGGUACAGUCUUUUUUUCACCUAAACACGUCUGAAUGCUCACACAAAUAAAUCUUUAGUCUCUCUGUUGAUUCUGAAAUAUCUCAUUGAGAUGUUGGCUCUAAGACAGUGGCAAAUAUUUCUUCAUCAUGCCUAUUUUUAUCAUUAAAAUUAAUGCCUUGCAGCAUAAAAGAAAUAUUAUCCAUAUAUUGAAUAUUUGAUCUUGCUGCCUAAAACUGGGCUUCCUUUUCCUGAGGGAGACAAACAUUAGACAGACUGCAAAACUGAACCUGAGUGCUGUGCUUUGUGUCCUAUUAUUUGUCUCCCUAGAAAAAAAGUUCCUUCUUGAAAAUUCUGAAUUUUGAAAUUCCCACUGUUCCUGCGAGUGUCCCUAAAUAGCUGACUUCAGGCUUUAUAAGUCUGGGAGAUAGUAACAUUAGUUACACAGCUGAUGAGGUGGCAUUUUUUUUCCCCACAGUAUUACUCUGGGGUUCACAUUGGUUUGUUUCACCAAUGUUUUAUUCUGGUAGCUAAGAGAACGUUUUUGCGUCAUUCGUAAUGAAGAAAUGGACAAUUUUAUGUUUUGCAGGACAGUGAGGUAACUUAUUAAUCAAUUUAACAUUGUUUUGUUUUUUUUUUUAAAUAUAGGUAUGAGUUUAGGGACAGAAAGGAUUAAAAGUUUAGAAGAGUAGGCAUAUCUACCUGGCUUGGUACAAAAAGACUUGGGUUCUCUAAUGAUUCUGGAAGCUGGUGAGAUCUCUUGGCAGAACUUCACAUCACUAUGGUAGCCCUUAUUCUAUGCAUAUUAACAGCCUUAAUUAUCAAUGUAAUAUUUUAAUCAUUAGAGGAUGCUGUCAUGUUAACAGAGCUAUGAAACUUCUAACCAGGUUGAAACAACAGCUGAAAGAAAUGGGCACAGGCACAUUCUUGCUUGUAGCCACAUCCUUAAACGCAGCGUGUUUGCCAGUGUAGUGAGGGAACGGGUCUCCUUUAUGGCUAAGUGAAAUUAAGGUAGUUUGAGCAAUGGUUUAUCACUCUUCUUUGAUUAGUAUAUUGAAAUAGGUUGUUUUGUGUGCUCUCAAACAGUCAGGACAGGCUUACCCUUGAGGAGGGAACACAUGCAGCUCUGCUGUUGUGAAAUGUGCACCUGAGCUCAAUGGGAAAGGAACCUGUUGGCAUCUCAAUAUGAAAAAUACUGACCCAUUUAGUGAGUAUGUGCUAUUUACUGCAUAUGGAAAUAAGCAGCUGUGUUUGCAUUUGAAUUAUAAAUAGAUUAAUGAAAGCUUUCCCCCACUCAUCUGUUAAUGUAGAGACUUGAAAUUAAAGUGAACUUACUUGGAGAGGCACAGAAUUUAGAGAUCUAGUGGGGAAAUUAUGGUUCUGGCUGGAAUAUCAAAAAAUUCUAAAUCAGGAAAUUAAAUUAAAUUCUAAGAUACGCUAUUUUUGAACAAUCAUUAAAAAGUUACACAUGCCUGUUUUUGAGUUGCAUUUUAGUUGUGUUCUGGGACUGAACGUUGAUGAAAUACUUCUCUGAGUAGAUUGUGGCAGUAGUUGCUUGGUGAUUGUGUCUCUUGGUUUAGGAGCUUAACAUGAGUAAGACCUAAAGCAAGGACAAUUGGCCAAAAGGCUGGGACAUUUAGAAAAAGACAAGACCUCAUUUAUGGUAGAGAUGUGUAUUUUUAUAUGUAAUAUAUAGAUUAUUUAAAUAUAGACUAUCUUAAACUGAGAUUCACUGAAACAAGCGUGCUGUAUCUUGAAUGUAAAAUUACAAUCAUUUGCUAUUGAAAAGCACUGAUGCUUUAAAAAUCAGAUCUAUAUUGGUAAGAGAGGAAGAGCUUCGUUUGAAAGAAGCACGGCCUCGGUUUCUGGAAGAAAAAGAAGCGUAUUGAUAUUUUUGGGAGGUUGUGCCAUGCUAUAAACAUUUCUGCGCUCCAGUGUUGCAGUGAUGACUUCUCUGUGCAGGUAGUACUCCUUCACUCAGUUUUGAAUAUACUAAGUGACAAGCUAUCCCUGUUUAUGCAAACAUCUCAAUUAGUGGAACUGCUUAUUUGUCAGGGAUUUCAAAAUUAGGCAGUAAAUAAACCCACAGUUUUUCAAAAAAAUAAAAUAAGUCAUUCGAACUGGAGGCUUGCUUUUUGUAUGUAUCAGAUGUGUAAUCUAUUUUUUUAACUUGAUUUUCCUUGCAGUUGCACUUGGUGGUUGAUCAGCAGUUUGCUAGAGCACCAGGGCAGGGUCACUAUCCUACAGCAAGCCCUUGGUGUAGGAAGGAAGUGUCUCUUUCUCUGCAGUGUCACGGCUCCUCUGCAGCCCCGGGGAUUUUGUACAUGUUUGUGUGGGGGGCACGGACGGAUGAACCAGUUACUGAGGAGUGAUGUAACUGGGAGUUCUGCCCCCACGGGGCUGGUGGGGUGGGUGGAGAGGGAAGGUGAGAGCAUGUACCUGGGCACUGCACUGCAGGCUGUGAGGUUGUGUCCUGCUUCAUCCACCCCAACUCCUUCAUCUGCCUGUGCUUUUAAUGUACUUGUGAAACGUCUCUCUUAGCUCUUGGUACUUCAUGUGGCAUUCCAGCUUAAUUUCUUAAAGAUCUGGUUCUAGUUUGUAAUAGUUGUACAUUAGCCUUACUUUUAAGGAACCAUAUUUUUGUCUUUGUCACCAUUGGAGAUUCUCAGACAUGCUGAUAAGCACAGGUAUAAUGCAAGGAUCAGUACAAGCGCACAUUAUUUUUGUAAGUUGCUGGGGAAGAGCUUAAAGUACAGCACAAAUCUGCAAGCUUGCUCUUUUUAACUAUAUUUUGCAGAUGUACUAGUAAUUGCACUGAGCAUAUGCAGUAAACAAAUUGUAUGUAAUUCUGCCUUUUAAAGCAUGAUUACAGAGGACAACUAAGGCGUGUAUCUUGUUUUCUGUAAUAUUGCUGCCUGUUUAUAACCGUGUAUGUAAAUUUUACUUUUGUCACUCCACACCAACAUGGUAAAACACCCUGUAAGCUACAUGACCUAGAAAUAAAGAAGGAAAAGUUUAAUGAAA